UGGGCCUUCCAUCUCACGUUUACGUCCGGUUUCUUGGCUCCCACGGCCCCGCCGCCAGCUCAGGCUAGCGCAGAUCCCCUGUUUAACCGGCUGGUGGACUAUCUGCGUUGUGAUGGUGACGACAAACUGGCCGCUGGUGGAGAAGACGAUCACAUCGUGUCAGCUCUUCUCUCCCAGCUACGUAUCACCGUACUGCCGCCCGCUGAUUCGGUGGUUGUAGGCCCUGCCGCCGCCCCUGAAGGAAGUCUUAUCCAAUCGCUGGGCGCCGCCAUUGAACUGGCCGUGCUUAUGACUGGCUGCCAUGGUGAGACUAUCCCUUUAUUUUUGGCUGUAAUGUGUUUUUGA